CCCGGAGGCCCGCUGCAGUGGUUAGGUGACUCGCAGAUGCCGUCAGUGCGUGUAACGGCUGAAGCUACUCCGUACCGUACAGUACCUUUAGCUACCUGCCCUUUUAGCCGCAGGGAACGCCUGUCUGCUUUCAUCCAGAAGGUCCAGCCAACUAAGAUAACUCGCACACGCAGAGCUGGCUGGCGCGACCUAGCCAGAUCAUUUACUCGGGGAUGGGGUGCUAGCGAGGCGAUGCUCUGUUCUGGACGCGAAGCCGGAUCCAUUGUCUAUAUUCCGAAUAUCAAUUGGGUCACAGUUCCACGACUUCUUGACACGCCCUGUACUGCCACCAACACGCAUAUCCAGGCGCCAUGGCUCGUACUUCGUGGCGCACGCUCUUCUUAGCACUGCUGGUGCGGUUCCCGGCACUGGUAGCAGGCCAGGAUGACAGACAGGGGCCGUUGAGUGGGAAGUUCGACAGGGCAGCUUGUCCGGACUAUACAAUAUAUGCUGCAUACCCGCAUCCUCCCGCAAGUGAUGGGCCGCUCGGGCUCCCAUUCCAGCGACCGGAUCCUCGUUGCCGCAGCUUUCGGUCGGAUGCUAUCGAGAAAGUCAUAACCGACAUUACCUCGCGAAUGAAGGAUGCCGAUCUCGCGCGGCUGUUCGAGAAUGCGUUCCCAUCAACAACCGACACAACGGUCCAAUUCCACACCGACGGGCGAGACGAGAAGAUCAAGGAGAGGUUGCGCCACCGCAGGGAACGGGAUGCUUGGAUCGAGGAGGGUGAGUGGGAAGGACCCCAGUCCUUCAUUAUCACAGGAGAUAUCCUUGCCGAAUGGCUGCGCGAUAGCACCAACCAAUUGAAGCCGUACCAGGCUUUGGCGGCAAAGGACCCGGCCAUCUACCAGCUCAUUCUCGGCGCCAUCAACACUCAAAGCGAGUAUGUGAUCCAGUCGCCCUACUGCAACGCCUUCCAGCCGCCCCCCAUCUCCGGCCUCCCCGCCAGCAUGAACGGACAAGAGGACUCGGUGCACCCAAUGUACGAGCCGAGCGUCGUCUUCGAGUGCAAGUACGAGCUGGACUCCCUCGCCCACUUCCUCGCAUUGGGCAACGAGUUCCACCGGCGGACCGGCAGUACCGAGUUCAUAACGCGGCGGUGGCGCAAGGCGCUCUCCAAUGUCCUCGACGUGCUCGACUCGCAGAGCAGAAGCACCUUCGACCCAGAGACGGGCCACUACUCGCACAAUGAGUACACGUUCCAGCGGCACACCAACACGGGGACCGAGACGCUCAACCUCAACGGCAUCGGCAACCCGCUGAACAACGGCACGGGCCUCGUGCGCUCCGCCUUCCGUCCCAGCGAUGACGCCACCAUCUUUGGCUUCUUUAUCCCCGCCAACGCGCAGAUGGCCGUCGAGCUGAAGCGCACGGCCGCCGUGCUCAAGUUCACGGGGAGGGCCGCCGACGCGGAGCUGGCGCAGACCCUCGAGGAGCGCAGCCAGCGCAUAAAUGACGGCAUAUGGGAGCACGGCGUCGUGAAGCACCGCAAGUACGGCGACGUUUUCGCCUACGAGGUGGAUGGCUAUGGCAGCUCGCUGCUCAUGGACGACGCGAAUUACCCGAGCUUGUUGGCGCUGCCGCUGAUGGGUUUCGUUAAAGAGGAUGACCCGACGUAUCGGAAUACUAGGCGGAUGUUGUUGGAGAAGGCUGGGAAUCCGUACUAUCUUGAGGGGAGCCAGUUCAAGGGUAUCGGGGGACCGCACAUCGGAUUACAGAAUGCGUGGCCCAUGAGUCUGCUGGUCCAGGCGCAGACUUCAGAUGACGACGAGGAGAUCCUCGAGUGCCUGGAGCUGGUGCUCAAGUCGAGCAAGCUUGGUCUAGUGCAUGAGAGUGUCGAUGUGAAUUAUUCGCAUUCAUAUACACGGAGUUGGUUUGCUUGGGCGAAUGGCGUUUUUGCAGAGACUAUCCUGGAUUUGGCGAAACGGAAACCGCACUUGAUAUUCAAGGACUCAAGGGCCUAUGAGCUAUAAAAUGGAGACCGGUACGUUGAAUGAGGCUGCUUAUACCUGUGACGGUUGUUGGUUAAGGCAACAGUGGGCUAGGCUAUGAUUAAUGUAAGCCUGCUACCCAGCUUGGGUAUGGGAACAGGAACCUGGAAGCCAGGGGUAGCGGUAGGCAAAUUCUUGCAAAUCCC